CAAUUAAUGUAGACCAACGCAACAAAUUGCGAAUAUUUUAAACAAGAAAGAAAAGUGCUUCUUCUACAACCGUGGAUUAACAUCCCCAUAUCAAUCAUGAAAAAUGAACGGCGAUCCUCAUUUCACUCUGCUCUAGCAAUCUAGAGAGAGAAAGCGAACCACCUUUCCAGCAGGAGAACAAUCUUUUGUUGGGGACUUGGGGUUUAUUUUUUCGAACCGGCCUCCUUCUUUCUUAUUUCCAUUCGAUUCUUUUCAGUUUCUUUAUUUUCUCCAUUAAAUAGAUAAACAAUAGUAAACGGGAGAGGAAAAGAGAAAACAAAAAGAAAAAGAGGAAAAUUGAGGCAUUUUUCGCCAAUGGUAGAGUUGGGCUCUUGAGAUUAUCUGCAGAAAUUCAUAGAAAGGUUGAAAUUCAGACAUAUAUAAACCAAAGAUUCAAUUUUUGGAAGAGGGCAUAUCAGCUUCCUAAUAAAAAAUGAAAGAAGCUAGCUGAAAUUUCUGGGAGGUAUUUGUUAGGAACUUGGGAUUGAAAAGACAAUCAAAUUGGGUCUUAGGGCAUCCAUUUUUUCUUGAGAAAAGAUGGGUUCUUUAGAAGUUGGCAUCUGAUAAUUUUGGAAAAGAAAGGGGAAAAAAAAAGAUUGGGCCUUGGGACAGAGGUAGAAAUUGUUUUUCUCAAUCAAACAAAAAAUGGCUGCAAUGGAAAUGGAAAAUGUCGAGUGUGUUUCUUCAUCGGAUGAAAUUGAAGAUGAAGAGAUCCGAUCAUCAGUUGCCUCUCAUCGGCUUCAUGCAAAUGAUCCUCAUCAGUAUUCUUCUUCAAAGCCUCAUGGUGCGGUUUCCAGAAUUGCCCCUACAAGUGUCUAUGAAUUGCUGGAAUGCCCUGUUUGCACUAAUUCUAUGUACCCACCGAUUCAUCAGUGUCAUAACGGGCACACACUUUGUUCAACAUGCAAAGCGAGGGUCCAUAAUCGGUGCCCCACUUGUAGACAAGAACUCGGGGACAUUAGGUGCUUGGCACUAGAAAAAGUUGCUGAGUCACUUGAUCUGCCGUGCAAAUACUAUUCCUUGGGAUGUUCAAAAAUUUUCCCUUACUACAGCAAACUCAAACACGAGGCUGUUUGUGAUUUCAGACCAUACAACUGCCCGUAUGCCGGAUCAGAAUGUGCUGUGACGUGUGAUAUUCCUUUUCUGGUUAAGCAUUUGAGAGACGACCACAAAGUGGACAUGCACGCGGGCUGUACUUUUAAUCAUCGUUAUGUGAAGUCCAAUCCUCGUGAAGUGGAAAAUGCAACGUGGAUGUUAACGGUAUUCCAUUGUUUCGGACAAUAUUUCUGCCUCCACUUUGAGGCCUUUCAGCUGGGAAUGGCACCCGUUUACAUGGCCUUUCUCCGUUUUAUGGGAGACGAGACGGAGGCUCGAAACUACAGCUACAGCCUCGAAGUCGGAGGCAACGGGCGGAAGCUCACAUGGGAAGGGACCCCACGAAGCAUUCGCGACACCCACCGCAAGGUCAGGGACAGUCACGACGGCCUCAUCAUACAACGCAAUAUGGCCCUCUUUUUCUCCGGUGGAGACAGAAACGAACUCAAGCUCAGAGUCACGGGCCGCAUUUGGAAGGAGCACCACAAUCCCGACUCCCAUACCCAAUCUUUGUAGCUAAUCUUUUUAAGUGUGUGUGAGAAGAAGAUGGGUUUUUUGUCAAAUUGACCAUUGCUAAUCAUAAUGUUGUGCCAAAAUCAAAUAAUUUGUGUGUUUAACGCUAAAGGGGCAAAUGAACUACAGCUCAUUGCAAUUACAAUACAUUGGUCAAUUUUUUGGUUUUAAUUCAUUUCACAUCUAAUGUCAGCUGGUGCGAUUGGAGAGCCUUGACAGAAUUUCAAAGCCUGGCCGGCGGUUAGGGUUAGUGACAGGUUUUAAUAUUUAAGCUAAUACAGGCGAAGAUUUAAAUCAACAUUUAUUUCAC